GCAGCACCGGCCGCCACUUUACGGCAGAGCGUGUUGCUGGAGGUCAGGCGCAUGACGAGAAGAGGAGCUGGCUAAAGCGGAAAAACUAGUUUUCGAUUCGAAAAUCCACAAGCACGAUAAAAUUCGCUUUGUUGGGACGCCGUCUGUUGGUGACGGUGACUCCAGCAGCUCGUCAUCGAUUAGUUUGGCUUAAACUGUGCGUGUUGCGACAUUUAGCUAGCGCUUGCUAACGUUCGCUCGGCUAGCAUCUCCUCCAGCCUCCAGUUCGAUCUUUCACAGCGAUGGACAACAGCUCGCAGGGGUCGGGGGGGGUUAAAGGAGGUCUCGGGGGUCUUUUUGGUGGCGGUGUUCCUGAAUACUCCAACACAGAGCUGGCUGGAGUCCCAUUGACUGGAAUGAGUCCUCUGUCUCCGUACCUCAACGUCGACCCUCGUUACCUGAUUCAGGACACAGAUGAGUUCAUUCUACCUACAGGGGCCAACAAAACUAGAGGAAGGUUUGAACUGGCUUUCUUUACCAUCGGAGGCUCCUGUAUGACCGGAGCUGCACUGGGAGCUGUAAAUGGGCUCAGGAUGGGGCUGAAGGAAACCAGAGACAUGGCAUGGUCCAAACCACGUAACGUCCAGAUUCUGAACAUGGUGACCAGGCAGGGGGCUUCUUGGGCCAACUCUCUGGGCUCUGUAGCUCUGUUGUACAGUGCUUUCGGCGUGGCGAUAGAGAAAGCCAGAGGAGCAGAAGACGACAUCAACACCGUGGCUGCAGGGACCUUAACGGGGAUGCUUUUUAAAUCCGGCAGUGGAUUAAAGGGUGUAGCUCGUGGAGGUCUGGUCGGUUUGGCCUUGUCUGGUGCCUACGCUCUCUACAACAACUGGGACCACCUGACCGGCUCCUCGUCCUCCCGGCUCUACUAAAACCCUCCCACUCAUUAGGGCAGAAAUGUGGAGGACACAGUCUUUAACCACAGCGCUAACAGGGAUUAGACUCUGGUCAAAUGCAGUGUGCUUUAAGAACACACACACACUGCAUUUGACCUGGUCUCAGUUAGUUAUCUCAGUUAUCUCCAAUCUCUCUAUGGCCGCCCUCCAAGAGCCUUCUGGGAAUUAAGAGAUGUGUCUGAAAUAAUAAGUUGUGAAAAUGCGGACUAAAUUCCCCUGGACACCCACACCGUCCUCUGACUUGCCACGAUGUUUGGGUUAAAGGAACCAAUCUGUGAGACGACUUCUGGUGAAACAGACACCAGAUCCAUUCUGAUUUUGGACUGAAAGACUCUUCUGUAAUAGCAGAGCAGCUGAGACCUGCAAACACAGAACCAAGCCUUCUGUUCUUGUAUUUAUUGAAGCAUAUCUGCUGCAGUGGGUUCUGUUCUGUUAGAAAUCACUGUAAAGCUGGACCUUCAUGCUGUUUGUGUCUCCGUCAAACCCACUGUAAUAUAAACCAAUAAACUUGGAAACAUUCACUGAGA